CGCCAACCUGCUCUCCGCGAAAGGCGCAGGGGCCUCGACGCCCCCCGACCCGUGCGCUUUUUCUGAGGCUCCCUGUCCCAGCCCCCCACCCCCAACACUAAGCCGAGCAUCUCCCUGCACCCUUGGCGAGGCGCUCCGAGGUGGAGGCUGGCGCUCCUUCUCCAGCAUCUAACGGAGCGCUGAGGACAGCGGGCCCUGGGAGAUGGAGCGGAGCCUCGACGGGGUUCAACCGAGCACCCAAGGGCUCAAGGGACGGAGCCGCACACAGGCUCGAAUGAGGGACCCCGCGCCGGGACCUGGGACUCACCCGGGGCUCUGUGCUCCCUCCCGGUCUCCACCUAAGGCUCGGCAACUGGGAAGGAUGCAGCGCCGAGGCUUCCUCCUCCUCGCCUUCCUCUCCCUGCUGGCGCUCACCUCCGCGGUGGCCAAAAAGAAAGACAAAGUGAAGAAGGGCGGCCCGGGGAGCGAGUGCGCGGAGUGGACCUGGGGACCCUGCACCCCCAGCAGCAAGGACUGCGGCGUGGGUUUCCGCGAGGGCACCUGCGGGGGUCAGACGCAGCGCAUCCGGUGCCGGGUGCCCUGUAACUGGAAGAAGGAGUUUGGAGCCGACUGCAAGUACAAGUUUGAGAGCUGGGGGGCGUGUGACGGGGGCACAGGCACCAAAGCCCGCCAAGGAACCCUGAAGAAGGCUCGGUACAAUGCCCAGUGCCAGGAGACCAUCCGCGUGACCAAGCCCUGCAGCCCUAAGACCAAAGCCAAGGCCAAAGCCAAGAAAGGGAAGGGGAAGGACUAGCAGCCAGGCCUGGAUGCCAAGGAGCCCCUGGUUUUACUCGGGGGCCUGGCCCACUCCCUCCCUCCACAGGCCCAAGAUAUAACCCACCAGUGCCUUUUGCCUACUCAUUAGCUUUAUCAAUCAUGCCCUGCUUUCUCCCCUUCACUCACCCACCCCUACCCCAAGUGCCCAAAGUGGGGAGGGACAAGGGAUUCUGGGCAGCUUCAGCCUCCUCCCCCAAAGGGAUUUGAUUCCCCAUACCCACUUUUUUCUUCCCCCCAAUGAUGCCAUUACUAAGAAACAAAUAAAAUAAACUGUUUUUUCCCAAUAAAA